AUGAAUCGAAUAGGGAUGCUAUCGUUUCACUCAUGUGGAUGUUGCCGCGUUUCAACAUCCAGAGCGUUUCAUUUCCAAUUCCGAAGCUCACCUCCUUCUGCACUCUUUCUCUCAGCUACGAGCUAUAAAUUUCGUUCUGCCGUAGCGAGCAUUGGUUCUGGUUUCACCGGCGACUCAGACUUCGAUGGAGAGCGAAAAUUGAACUUCUCUGGUGUGCGGUUGGAAGAGGCUGUCGAUAGCGGAAUAGGAUCUGGAAAACUCAGACUCGAUAAUUGGAUCUCUUCCCGCAUCAGUGGAAUUAGUAGAGCACGCGUUCAAUCAAGUAUCAAAUCGGGACUCGUACUCGUAAAUGGCCGCGUCGUCGAUAAGGCUUCUUUCAAUGUCAAAGCUGGGGAUCAGAUCAGAUGCACAAUCGCAGAGUUGCAGAAGUUGAGGGCUGUGCCAGAAAAUAUACCUUUGGAUAUAGUUUAUGAAGAUGAGCAUGUUCUAGUCAUAAAUAAACCUGCACACAUGGUUGUGCAUCCAGCUCCUGGAAAUACGUCUGGGACACUUGUCAAUGGCAUUCUUCACCAUUGCAACCUUCCAAAUGUUGAAUUUUUUAAAGAGGAAGUUCUUUCAGAUACAGAAUAUUCUGAUGAUGAGUUGAAUAGCUAUGGCUCCAUGGCAAGUUCUUGUGAUGAAUCACAUUCUAGAUUGUCUAUGGCAUCAAUUCGCCCAGGGAUUGUACACAGAUUGGACAAAGGCACAAGUGGGCUACUUGUUGUUGCAAAGGAUGAGCAUUCACAUUUGAAAUUAUCUGAGCAAUUCAAGCAACGAACCAUCAAGAGGGUUUAUGUUAGUCUCACUGCUGGGGUACCCACUCCAGUUGCUGGGCGUGUUGAGGUUCCAGUUGGCCGUGAUCUUAAUAACCGGCUGCGUAUGACUGCUGUAACUGGACCAGUUAAUUCUAGAAAGGCCCGUCAUGCUGCUAGUAGGUACAAAGUAAUUGAGAUACUGGCUGGGGGAAGUUGUUCAUUGGUUGAGUGGAAAUUGGAAACUGGACGCACUCAUCAGAUCCGUGCACAUGCGAAGUAUUUGGGAGUUCCUUUAGUGGGUGAUGAGGUGUAUGGAGGGACAAAAAACAUGGUCUUGUCACUGCUUAGGCCGCGAACUCCCAUCAGUUUGCAUGGCAAAAUUGUACAGUUGGUUUCAAGACUAGGUAGGCCUUGCCUUCAUGCUUUGACGCUCGGGUUUCAGCAUCCCCAUACAGGGGAGCAGGUGCACUUUUCAUGUGAACCCCCUGCAGACUUCGAUGAGAUUUUGAGCCAGCUUCGUAGAAUUGGUAGUGAGAGGGUUUCUCUCUCAAAGCGUUCAAAUUUAUGA